AUGGAACAGAAGGCAGACUCCAGCCCCCUGCGGGCGGGCGGAAGGAGAAGCGGGCCAGAGGCAGGGGAGGGUCUUCUUCACGGCCCUUCUUCCCCUCCCCCUCCUCUCCCCCCGCAGCCGCCCAGUUCCUGCACCAGGCCAAGGCAUCCGGAGGGGAGGCGGGGUCCUCCGCCCGCUGCCCCCGAGGCCGAGUGUGUGUGUGUGGGGGGGCUGCUGCUUCACGGUUUCUCCCUCCCCUCCUCUCCCCCCGCAGCCGCCCAGUUCCUGCACCAGCACAAGCCCGAGUGCCGCUUCGCCAACGGGACUCGGGGCGAGGUGCGCUUCCUGGACCGCUACUUCUACGACCGGCAGGAGCUCGUGCGCUUCGACAGCCGCCGCGGCACCUACGAGGCCCUCACGGAGCUGGGCCGGCCCGACGCCGACUACUGGAACAGCCAGAAGGAGCGCCUGGACAACAGGCGGGGCGAGGUGGAGCGCUUCUGCCGCUACAACUACCAGGCGUGGGAGGGGAUCCUCACCACCAAGGCUCAGCCCACAGUGAAAAUCUCCUUCACCAAGGCAGAGCCCCUGUCCCACCCCAGCCUCCUGAUCUGCACCGCGGCAGGAUAUUACCCCUCUGAAAUUAAUUUCAAGUGGCUGAAGAAUGGGCAGGAGCAGACGGAGGGGUUGGGAUACUCGGAGGAGUUCCAGAACGGAGACUGGACCUUCAUGAACCAGGUGAUGCUGGAGACGGUGCCUGAGCGGGGAGACGUCUACACCUGCCAGGUGGAGCACAGCAGCCUAACGGAGCCCAUCACCGUGCAGUGGGAGCCACGGAGGUCGGACUCUGCCAAGAGCAAAGUGUGGACGGGGUCCAUGGGAGGCCUGCUGGGGGCGGUCUUUGUGGCCGUGGGACUCGCCCUCUACCUGAAGAAGAGAAAAGCACUUCCCGCCACACCAGCCGCAGUUCUGUGGGGCUCUUUCAUCGCCUGUCCCAAGCUGGAGGAGAAGCAGGAAGCCACGUCUCCGAACCGGGAGAACUUGCGCCGGGAAUCAGGCUGA